AUGGACACGUUAUAUAAUCAACCAGUAGUAGUUGAUAAUGGAUCUGGAAACUUAAAAGCUGGUUUUGCUGGUGAAGAAAAACCGAAAACAUAUGCAUCAGCAAUUAUUGGAAGACCAAAAUAUCAAAAAUUAAUGGCAGGUUCUUUAAUUUCAUCAACAAAAGGAUCAAUUUCAUCAUCAUCAGAUUCAGAUAUUUUCAUUGGAGAUGCUGCCCAAAAUAAUAGAGGUCUACUAAGAUUAUCAUAUCCCAUAGAAAAUGGAAUUGUCACAAAUUGGUCAGAUAUGGAAAAAUUAUGGUAUCAUAUGUUUGAACAAGAUUUAAAAAUCCAACCUUCUGAACAUCCUUUACUAAUAACUGAAGCUCCAUUAAAUCCAAAAUCAAAUAGAGAUAAAAUGUGUCAGAUUAUGUUUGAACAGUUUAACAUUCCGUGUUUGUAUUUAUCAAUUCAAGCUGUUCUAGCAUUAUAUGCAUCAGGAAGAACUACAGGAGUUGUAAUAGAUAGUGGAGAUGGAGUUAGCCAUGUUGUUCCUGUAUAUGAAGGGUUUUCACUACCUUCCUCCAUAAAAAGAAUUGAUAUUGCAGGUAGAGAUGUCACAUCAAAUUUGUCUUUCAACAUACGGCGAGUUUCAGGAGUUGCAUUGCAAAGUAGUUCAGAAAUGGAAAUUGUUAGAUUAGUUAAAGAACAAUGUUGUUUUAUAUCAAAAGAUCCAAUAAAAGAUGAAAAACUAUAUGGAGCUCAUUAUUUGAGAAAAAGCAAUGGUAAAAGUGAAAUUUUUGCAAGUUAUAAAUUACCUGAUGGUCAUGAAUUGAAAUUAGGUGUGGAAAGAUUUAGAGCCCCAGAAAUUUUAUUUAAUCCACAAUUGAUUGGAGAUGAAAGUCAAGGCAUUCAUGAAUUAACUUCAUUAGCUAUAGCUAAAACAGAUCUUGAUUUGAGACCAAUAUUAUAUCAAAACAUAUUACUAUCAGGUGGUAAUACUCUACUAAAGAAUUUCGGAGAUAGACUUCUAAAAGAAUUAAAAGAUUUACAAGAUACCAAUGAAUCAAGUAAAUCUAUAUGGAACACUAGCAACAAUGACACUUAUAACACCAAAAUGAAAGUUAAAAUCUACGCACCACCAGAAAGAAAAUAUUCAACAUGGAUUGGAGGUUCAAUUUUAGCAGGUUUAUCUACAUUUAAAAAAAUGUGGGUAACUUCAGCAGAAUAUCGUGAAAAUCCUGAGAUAAUACAUAAGAAAUGUUUAUAG